GAACCUUGAAAAUGACAGAGUAGUAGAUGAGAGAAUCCAAUAUGAAAAUCUCAGUGAUCGAUACUUAAGUUAUAGGAUAAGUGACAAUCAAUUUAUUUGAAGCUGCAGUUGGUCCAUUUCACUUUCAAUUACCAAUCAGAGGAAAAAAUGUUGGAAAUGUUAGCUUUGAUUUGAAAAUGAAUCAAAUUGUAUAGGCAACACUUUAAAGUAAGUUUAUUAUUUGGGAGUUAAACUCAAGUCUAAGUGAUGUUAGAUACAACUAUAAUUUACGUCUGGUGGUAAAAAUUUUAACUAAAAUAAAAGACUUCAUAAUUCUCAUUCAUCUCUGAACAUUCAACCAUUUUUGUGAAUCCAAACUAUAGAAAAUAAAAUGAAAAGUAGAAGAGCAUGAUAUCUUAAAGUCGUAAGAAUAUUUUAGAUCAAGAUUCUUUAAGAGAUUCAAUUAUAUCUAUUCCAAAAAUACCUUCUAUGAUAAAUAGCAGUGGAACUAUAAAUCAUUCACUUGAUUCUAUAAUUGCAGCCACACCAACAAAUAAAGGAUAAUCAUUAGCUUCUUAACCUUAUCAUAGAAUUGAAUGGGAUCAUGCUGAAGAUGAAUUAACUUUAAUUGUAGAAUUACCAAUCUCAGAAUUUUAAAUUUCUGCUAUACAAAUAUGUUUAUGGUCAAUUUCAUCAAAUAAAAAAAGUUUGGAAAGUGGUAAGUCUCCUCAUAAAACUAUUAUUAAAAAAACACAAAAUAAACAUGAUUCAGAAUAUAUGGAUUUAGAAAUAUAAGAUCUUCAUUUAGUUGCAGAAACAUAUAUUAAUUUAUCAAAUUUAGAAACUAACAUGGUUGCUGAUUUGGGAGCUAAGUUUUUUAUUAUUAGCAAUUAAUAGGCAAAAUCAAUAUGGUAUCAUGGUGUUGAGGUUGGUAAAAUAGAUUAUGAAAUAAGUGUAAAAUUACCAAAUUAUUUAUAAUAAUCAUCUUUUGGUGUUUAAACAGAAAAAGGUAUAGUCUAGAGUGCAUCUGUUGUAGGAAAUGUUGAAAAUAUAAGUGUUACAGAAAUUAAGAUGAUUUAAAUUGAAUUUCAAAAAUUAUCAAGUUCUAUAUUUAAAAUAGAACAUAAAACUUUAAAUAUGGAAGAUAAAAUGAAGGUUCGUUAAGAUAUGGAUUAAUAAUUGGAUAAGUUAGCUGAAUUAUUAGGAUAAUCACAUGGAAAUAAUAUUAAAACAUUUCAAUAUAAAUCUGAAGAUGAUUUAAUGAAGGCUUAAUAAUUAUUAAUUUAAUUAUCUAUUCAUUUAGUGGAUUAUUAAAAAACAUUAGCUACAUUUAAUUCUUAUUUUGAAUGCCUAAAUUAAGUACUUAGUAGAGGAGAACUGAUGUUAUAAUAAUUAGGAUUUUUUAAGGCUUUAAGCAAGAAAUAAUCAGAAUAAAAAACUGAAGUUGGUUUAAAUUAUCAAUCAUUUUUAGUGAAUACUCUUAGAUUUACUUUAUAAAAAUUAAACCAAAAAGAUCCAAGUCAAUAAGCUAGAUAAUUAAAUAUUAAAUUUUUGGUAAUAAGUUAUUUUCGAAUACCAGAAUUCAGAGCGAAGUUUCUAGAAUUAAUCAAUAAAGCUGAUGAUCCAUAAUUAUUAGAAUUAAGAGGAACUGAAUUUAUACAAGAAGAUGAUAUAACUAAUAUUGAUAAAAGUACAAAAACCAAUAUCUCAAUUUUUGAUUGGUAGAAUUAUUUUCAUACAUAUUUAUCUGAUAAAACUAAAGGAAUAUAAAAUUAAUCUCUUUUGAAUCAAAUAUUAGAUGAUGAAAGUUGGAAAGAACAUAUUCGACAUAGAUCAAUCAAUUUUUGUUUUUUUGUAGAAGAAUGGGCAAAAUAUGUAAGAAAUAUUUUAUAAGUAAAAAUCCUUCCUUGGUAGGAUAUUCCAGGUUAUAGAAUUUUAGUAAAAGCAUUUAUGUGUGAACUUAAAUAAUAAGAAUCGAUUCCAGACGCAAUGAAAAUAGCUUUAAAAAGUUUGCUAUAAAAUGUAAACUUAUUAGGAAUUGUAGUUAAUUUACAAUUCAAUAAAACUAAGUAUUUAAUGUAAUAAAUAAGUCUAUAUAAUGCAGAAUAAGUGAUAGAAACAUUUGAAAUAUUGGAUGUCUGUUUUGGUACAUUGACAACAAUGCCUGCAUAUUUUGAUUAUCCAUUUUUUUUGAAAGGAAUAAAGUAAAUAAUAAUAGAUUCAGAACAUGCAAUGAGUAUAGCUAAAUGUGUAUGGCUGAUUUACAAUAUAUAUCCUUUAUUUUCAAGUAAUACUAAAAGUUUAAAAAUUGAAUAGUAGACUUUAAGAAGGAUAUUUGUGAAUUUUUAUUCGAGAAGGCUGUUUUUAAGUUGUUUUUGCAUUGGAGUAGGACAGUGAGAUUAGUAUUUCAUUAUUUUUUGCUUUAUCGAGUAUCUCAUGAACAUAAGAACCCAAAAGUUGGAGGAUUGGACGAAGAGUAAAUAAUAAUUGAUUAGACUUAGAUAGAUUAUAUAACAAUAUACUUUGAUUAAUCGACCAAAGAAGAAUUAGAGCUAUUUUGAGAAUCGUUAACCCUAAUAAAAACUAAUUGUAAGGUGUGCGAAUAUUGAUUUAGUCUGAUUACAUUUACAUAAAAUAUUUAAGAUUCUUAAGUAAGUUGGAACAAGCAAAAGUAAAGGAGAAUUAGAGAGAAUAUGAAUAAGAUCAUAAGAAUUAUUAUUUUAGAAUGGUGCAUAAGAAAUUAAGAAGAGAGUAGGAAUUAAGAAUGCAACAGUAAGAGGAACCAAAAAUGAUGGAAUAAUUGAAAUUGGAAAGAUUAGUUUCAGAAUAAGAUGAAUCAUAAUUAAAGUAGAAUUAAUUGAAAUCAGUAAUUGUUCCUAGAACUGUUAUGCAUAAGAAGUUAAGUUGUAAGAUAAUAUAAUUAAUUAUGGAGAUAAAAAUGAAGUCGAAAUUAACUAGAUGUAAUAACCAUACAUACGUGUAUCGAUUCGGGAAUUCGAAGAAUAAUCUAAGAAUUAUAAUAAUUGGAGAUAAUAAAAUUUAAAGAAAAUAAUGGGUAAAUAUAACUAAGAAGGUAUUUUAAUGAUUUUUAGUUAGAUAAACAUACAAUUCACUUGACUUUUCAAGUACCCAAAGUUGAUGUUUUGAAGAGGAUAGAUGAAAAAGAAGGUGCUUGA